CGGUCAUGUGAUCAGCUGUGUCCAAUCACAGCUGAUCACAUGGGACAUGUACACUGAUCAUCAGGGCAGUGAUGAUCAGUGUAGCCCCAGCAGUGCCAGCUGUCAGUGUCCAUCAGUGCCACAUCAAUGCCACAUAUCAGUGCCUACCAGUGCACAUCAAUGCCACAUAUCAGUGGCCAUCUGAGCUGCCUUUCAGUGUCACCCAUCAGUGCUAGUCAGUGCCACCUAUCAGUGCUGCCAAUCAGUGCCACCUAUCAGUGCCAUGUAUCAGUGCUGCCUUUCAGUGCCCAUCAGUGCUGCCUGUCAAUGCCCAUCAGU